AUGGCUCGCAUCUUUCUGACUGGCGCCUCCGGCUACAUUGGCGGGGAUGUUCUCCACCUCCUUAAGACUAGUCACCCAGAAUACGAGUGCAGUAUCUUACUACGUGAUAGUGGCAAGGCAGCUGCUAUCUCCAAGGUAUUCCCCGAUGUUCGUGUCGUGCUGGGUGACCUCGAUGCCGCCACUUUGAUUGAAGAAGAGGCUGCCAAAGCGGAUGUGGUUAUCAAUGCCGCUAGUAAUAAGAACAUGACUUGCGUGGAAGCCAUUGCCCGUGGUCUCAACAAGCGCAGCGGUGCUAAGCCCGGCCACUGGAUCCAGGUCUCUGGUGCAAGUGUUAUUUCAGUUCCCGAUAUUCUGGCUGGCACCUUUGGCGAGGGCUCCAGCAAGAAUUACGGUGAUGUCGAGAAUGCCGAAGAAGUCCGCGAUAUCAUCAGCAAGAACGCAGGCAUGCGGGUUGUAGACAACCACCUUCUGAACAAGGUGACCGGCCCUCAGACUGCCAUCAUCUUCCCGCCUAUUAUCUACGGAGAGGGCCGAGGUGUCACCAAGCAGCGCAGUGUACAGAUCCCCGAGCUUUCACGGGUGGCAAUCGAGACGCGACAAGUCGUUCAGGUGGGCAAGGGAGAGAGUACCUGGAGCAACAUUCACAUUGCCGAUCUCAGUGAUUUGUUUGUCAAGCUGGUUGAGAAGGCCGUCCAAGGCUCGGAAGAGGCGUUGUGGAAUCAAAACGGACUUUAUUUCGUUGGAAACAGCAUGCUGUCCUUCGGCAAGAUCUCACAGCUCGUCGCGGAGGCCGCGCACAGUCUUGGCUUGACUGACACAACGACUGUCAAAAGUCUCAGUGCUGACGAGGCGGAUAAGCUAUGGGCGCCUGCUAGAAUAUUCUGGGGUACCAACGCGCGCAUGGAAGGCCAACGAGCCUCGCGCCUGUUGGGAUGGUCUCCACAAAAACACUCAGUCGAGCAGGAGAUUCCGACAACCGUCAAGGUGGAGGCCACUCGACUAGGCAAGUUGUGA